CACUAAAACGCUUCCGGUGCUGUAACUCUUCGCCACGUCUGUUUUGUUUGAAAUUUGCUAUAUCAGGACUUUUGCGAUAAUUUUUGGACGAUUUUCAAUCCGCUUUUAGUGAUUAACUUGCCAUAGGCUAAAAUUCAAGGAUAUUUUAUUACGUGAAAGAAUGGCAGAGAAUGAACUUGGAACGUGGUUUCGAGGUAUACCUAUUGUGACAAGAUGGUGGUUCUCUCUGUCCAUCGUAUUUCCCCUUCUUGGAAGGUUAGGACUCAUAAAUGGCUUUCACAUGAUGCUGGACUAUGCAAGCGUAGUACACCGUUUCCAGAUAUGGAGAUUGGUCACAUCAUUUGUAUACUACCCUAUUUCACCUCAGACUGGAUUUCAUUAUUUGAUUAAUAUAUACUUCCUGUAUUCAUACUCUACAAGACUUGAAACAGGCCUGUUUGAUGGUCGGCCAGCUGAUUACUUGUUUAUGAUGCUCUUCAAUGGGAUCAUUUUAAUUAUCAUAGGAUUUCUUAUGCCUUUGAGGCUUCUCAUGGACCCACUUGUUUUAAGUGUCCUUUAUGUAUGGUGUCAAGUGAAUAAAGAUACGAUUGUACAGUUCUGGUUUGGCAUGCAGUUUAAGGCAAUGUACCUUCCAUGGGUGUUAGCUGUAUUUAACAUGGUCAUUCAGGGAGGUGGUAUUAUGGAGCUAAUUGGUAUCUUUGUGGGACACCUUUACUUCUUCCUCAUGUUCAAAUACCCACAAGACUUUGGAGGACAGCGAUUUCUCUCUACACCAUCCAUACUGUACAAGCUUCUUCCAAACCGCCAGGGAGGUGUAAGUGGAUUUGGUGUUCCCCCUGCAAGCCGUAGGCCACGCAACCAAGACAACGGUGGAGGCGGUGGUGGUUGGGGAGGUUGGGGCCAAGGACAUCGCCUUGGCAACGAAUAAAUCUUUAGGCUACUAUGUAGAUGGCUUUUGAUGUUGCAACCUCAUUAAGUACAUUUUCGAAAGAUCAACACCUGAAAUUAAUUUAAACGUUUGUUUGUGCAGAGCAUAUGCUUCAAUAUGUGAGAGCAUACCCGAAACAUCAAGGAACAGAGAGAUUUGCGUCAAGAUCCCAGACUUGCUGUGUAUAUUACACUACGUAAAUAAAGUUUUUAGAAGUGUG